UGCAGCCAGUGACAAGGGAAGAGGUGGCACUGCUUCAAGAUGUCACAAACAACCAUGUCCGAGACUUAUGAUUUUUUGUUUAAGUUCUUGGUUAUUGGAAAUGCAGGAACUGGCAAGUCUUGCCUCCUUCAUCAAUUUAUUGAAAAGAAAUUCAAAGAUGACUCAAAUCACACUAUAGGAGUUGAAUUUGGUUCAAAGAUAAUAAAUGUUGGCGGUAAAUAUGUAAAGUUGCAGAUAUGGGAUACAGCUGGACAAGAACGAUUCAGGUCUGUGACAAGGAGUUAUUACCGAGGCGCAGCUGGAGCUCUCCUUGUCUAUGACAUCACCAGCCGAGAAACCUACAAUGCGCUUACUAAUUGGUUAACAGAUGCCAGAAUGCUAGCCAGUCAAAACAUUGUGAUCAUCCUCUGUGGGAACAAGAAGGAUCUGGACUCAGAUCGAGAAGUGACUUUUCUAGAAGCCUCCAGAUUUGCUCAAGAAAAUGAAUUGAUGUUUCUGGAAACAAGUGCGCUGACAGGGGAGAACGUGGAAGAGGCCUUUGUGCAGUGUGCAAGGAAAAUCCUGAACAAGAUUGAGUCAGGUGAGCUGGAUCCAGAAAGAAUGGGCUCAGGCAUCCAGUAUGGAGAUGCUGCCCUGAGACAGCUCAGGUCCCCACGUCGAGCACAGGCCCAAACUGCUCAGGAAUGUGGUUGUUAAAAUCAGCACAG